AUGGUAAUGGCAGAGCUGGAGAUUCUGGCGACCAAGGAGGAGAGGUCCCACCAGGCAGCAUUUGCAGCAUCGGCCUUUUUGGCCACCAUGGGGCUGGACCUGCCUCUUGAUCCCGGAGACACGGUGAAACCUUUGCCUGCAAAAGUGCAGACAUAUUCAGGCCUGCAGGAAGCAAAGGAGCAGGUUGCUGAGUUCGUUUCGCAAACAGAGACGGAGAUAGAGGACUUAGAGGAUCCCCAGGAAGCACUCGAGAAGCUGAUCAAGCUGGAUCGUGCUUUGGGCUUCCUGGAUCAGAUCCGGGUCUUGGAGUCCUGCCUGGAAUCCAGUCCACCCGUGGAAGUUCAGCCCCCUGAUCGCGGGUCCGAGUAUGACUGGAAGGAACACGUAGGCAGUUUGAAGAGGGUGAGAAGCACUUUAUCUUCUUCAGAAAAAUGGCGCCAACUGGACAGCGAUGCUUCCAACCAAAGUCUCCAGGAGAUGAGUCAGGACUCCACCUACAUGACGGUCUGCCCAGAACGCCUGGAAUGGAUCCAGGAGUCGCAUCCGUCUUUGCGAGCCUGUCGAAGUCAGCAUGCGGAGUUCGCACCACAACGGAACACCCUCGAAAAGACCGUGCGAGAGCGGCAUCAGAGGGGCGUCCGCUCCGCCUGCGUACGCCCAGAGUUGAGCCACAUGUGGCAGGAAUACUGCAGGCUGGUCUGGAAGGAGGACUCCGUCCCGAAGCUAUCCUUCAACGCCUCGCAGUCAGCCUUACUGCUGCCAAGUUUGUGUUGA